UCGGGCGCUUCCGCAAAGAUGGCGGCGGCUGCGGGGAGAAGCGCUCGGCUGGCGGCCUGGGGCGAAAGGCUGCGGCGGGGGCUCGCGGCCGGCCGAGGAGCCGUGCCGAGUCGCGGCCCUCUAGCAGCGGCUGUGGCCGGCGUGGCCCUGGCAGGGGCAGGAGCGGCGUGGCAUCACGGCCGCGUGAAAGCAGCGGCGCGCGAGGGCGGCCUUACGGUGUUGGCGCAGAAAAAUGACUUGGGACCAGUAGAGAAACUUUCUCUCCGUAAACAGCGGUUCAUGCAGUUUUCAUCACUGGAGCAUGAGGGAGAAUAUUACAUGACACCCCGAGACUUCCUCUUCUCAGUAAUGUUUGAGCAAAUGGAGCGUAAAACAUUAGUCAAGAAGCUUUCAAGAAAGGACAUUGAGGAUGUACUGGCUGGAAUCCAAACAGCACGUGGUGGAUCAACUUUUUUUAGAGACCUGGGUGAUAAAGGGGUAAUUUCAUAUACCGAGUAUCUUUUUUUGCUUACAAUCCUCACAAAGCCUCACUCUGGGUUCCAUGUCGCUUUCAAAAUGCUGGAUGCAGAUGGCAAUGAGAUGAUUGAGAGGAAGGAGUUCAUUAAGCUGCAGAAGAUCAUAAGUAAGCAAGAUCGAUUCAAGACCGUGAAGACUACUGAGACAGAAUAUCAGGAACCAACAGUGAAAGAGCCUGGAAUUAACACAACCCUUCAAGUGUGUUUCUUUGGGAAAAAAGGAGAAAAAAAGCUUCAUUAUAAAGAAUUUCGAAGAUUUGUGGAAAAUUUACAAACAGAAGUUCAAGAAAUGGAAUUCCUUCAGUUUUCUAAAGGUCUGAAUUUUAUGAGAAAAGAAGACUUUGCAGAGUGGCUACUUUUCUACACUGACACUGAAAAUAAAGACAUUUACUGGAAAAAUGUGAGAGAAAAGUUGUCAAUAGGAGAGAGCAUUAGUUUGGAUGAGUUCAAGUCAUUUUGCCAUUUUACAACGCAUUUGGAAGACUUUGCUAUCGCCAUGCAAAUGUUUAGUUUAGCUCAUCGCCCUGUGAGACUGGCGGAGUUUAAGAGAGCUGUGAAAGUAGCAACUGGACAAGAGCUCUCAAACAAUAUUUUGGACACUGUCUUCAAGAUCUUUGACCUGGAUGGUGAUGAAUGCCUCAGCCAUGAGGAGUUUCUUGGAGUAUUGAAAAACAGGAUGCAUCGAGGUUUAUGGGUGCCGCAGCAUCAGGGUGUUCAAGAAUACUGGAAAUGCGUGAAGAGGGAAAGCAUUAAGGGAGUGAAGGAAGUCUGGAGACAAGCUGGCAGGGGCCCUUUUUAAGGAAAAGAUUUGUAGCAACUACAUUGCUCGAAGCGAAGUGCCAGGAUUUGGGAUAUAAGUCUUUAUUGAGUUGCUUUGGCAUGUAAGGUGCCAUGUACUCAUUUUCUGAUUGGGGGAUCUGGGGGCUGAGGAGGUGCAUAUAAGUGUGUGCCACCGUGGAAAUCAGAGCCCUCCCUGUCGGAGCCAGUUCUCUCCUCCUACCAUGGGAGUCCCAGAGACUGACUUCAAGUCAUAAGCUUUACCCUCAAGUGCCUUUACCUGAUAAACCAUCGCACCAGCUCUCACUCAGUAAUUUCUUGGUAGGUUUUCAUUACACAGGUGUUUCCUUAUGAACACACAAUGCAUUGUCAGAGGCCUGUAUGCAAAGUGAUGCUUUAGGAAACUGGAGGCCAAGGCCAUCACUGAGUGCUUGAACGGGAGAACGUGAUGUGCUUCCUAAGGGCUGAACAAGUGCCAUCAGGGAGGGGCUUUAUUCUCAAGACAGGUGCUGGUUCCAAAAGCUGUGACGCUCCUAGGGAGUAAAUGCACUUGACACACUUGCCCCAGUGUCUUUGCUGUUUCCUAUCCUGCCUGACUGUCUCCUGGCAGCAUGCUCCCUGCCUUGAAAACAUGUAAGUGACAGUGUCUGGAAGCAGGACAAAGUGUUUACAUUGAUACAAGAAAACAGGCUUGCUUUUUAAAUUUCUUCAUGCUUUUUUAAUAUACAGUGUUCUCUGCCAAACACACGUUUGGGAGCUCAGCCAGCAUAGGAUACAGUUGUGUACCACACUCUCCUAAUAAGCUGUAAACUGACUUCCAGCCCCAACACUCACACACACACAUACACACAAAUGAUCAUAAGAUCAAAGUCGCAUAAGGUAAGAUAAAAUGGGUUGUGGGAAACAGUCAACAUGGCACUAUAAAAUAGUUGGCAAUAAAAUAAAUAUGAAAUAAUGUUAUGGGGAGAUUAUGUACAUGUUUAUAUAUGUGUGUACAAGUGGGCAUGUAUGUGGAAGUCCCUGUUCCUGUAAGUAACCCCUCACCCAUGUCCCUGACUUAAUCCCAAUAAAUUCAUUAAGUCACAAGCUA